AUGGGACAGCCCCAGUCCGAGGCCUGGAGGCUCGGGGUCUUCCUUGGGCCCGUCCCGACGAUAGUGAACGAUGGAAUGGAUCCGUUCCCGACCGGGUGGCAAGAUCUCCCUCCCGAGAGCGGUCAUAAUGUUCUUCGUUGUCGCCAACAGGUGCAGUUGGAGAUAUUUGCGUACUUGGACUGGGAAGACAUUCUCUCCGCGCGUCUGGUGAGCCGACGAUGGCGGGAGAUGGUGGAUUUUCAAUUCGAGGAGAAAGGAAAGGUCGUGUGCGAUGCCUCGUAUGACUUGGACGUGGUGGGGAUACUGCAUCGGCUGUCGUCGUGGCCCGUCGUGCCGCGGUCGCUGGUGUUCAAGAACGUGGCGCUCGAUCGGGCGGUGUCGAGGGAAGUUGAGGAGAUGAUAGAGGGAGUGAGGGAGAUGGCGCUGGUGUCGUGUUCGAUUCAUCCGGAUGCGUUGGUGAGACUGUUGGGGGCGUGUUCGAGGCUGAGGCGCUUGUGCGUGGACGAGCCGGGCGUGUCGUUUCUGUGCCUUCUGCUGAGAUUGAUGCCGAGGUCGCUGCCGACGGUGACGAGAUUGGAGUUGAGGUCGACGCGUCGGCUCGACGAUUCGCUUCUGUCGGUGUUUUGGGAAGCCUGUCCCAAUCUGGUGGAGUUCUCCCUCUCCGCCACGAAUUUUGCCUCAAAUCCAGCCAUAUUUAGUCGCUUCUAUCCUAGAGGCUCGGAGGAGCCGUCGCGGUACGUACUCACGAUGGGCCACCUCGAACGUCUCCUGCGUUCCAAGGAGGGGUUUCGUUCCCUCGCCCUCACUCAGAUGAACUUGAACUCACCCUUGCUGGUCAAUAUCCUAUGCGAAUCGUCCAUCGAUCUCUGUUUCCUCGACCUGAGCGGCUGCAAGGAAGUCUCGUCGGGGUGCUUGACGGAGAUCGUCAAGAAGCAGAAGUCGCUCCGCGGGCUGCGGCUCGUGGGGACCGGUGGCGUCGCCGAUGCGCUUCUCUCCAAGAUCUGUAACCUCACCUUCUUGGAGGAAUUGUGGAUCGGGGAUGUGUCUGUGUCCUUUUCGAAGGAUGUCCUCGAGGGUCUUCAUCGGCUUCAGGACUUGAAAAAUCUUCACAUUACCUGCCACGGUGAAUUCUGCUUGGGAAACAGGGGACAGCUGAAGUUCUUAUCCCUCGAGUAUUGUCGUCUGACGCCCAAUCUCGAGCAGACUUGCAAACCUCAGCAGAUGAGGGAAUUGUGCCUCGAACAUUGUCUGACGAUCACAGAUUCUGAUAUGCAAAUGCUCCUGGACUCUUUAAUGAACCUGGUCGUUCUGAGACUUGGAGAUCUUCCACUCACGGACUUCGCUUUCUCCUGAAUCACUUUAUCGGCACUGAAACCCGAGCUAAGGGAUUUUUGGGAAGUGAGCGUGAAGAGCGUAGUUGAGAGACGCCUCGUGAGGGAAAUGAAGGCCCAGGUAGCAUCGAAGGAGCUGCUUCUAUCCGCUGGCAGCGACUUGGACUCUCCCUUGAGGAAGCUGAAGCGGCUGAAGGAGCUGACGUUGACCAGGAUGAAGUACGUCUCGGACGCGAGCGUUAUACUGGGGAUUCGAGACCAGGCUCUUACUCACCUCGAUUUCUCGUUUUCGCCCCUGAUCAGUAAUCUGAGCCUGGUCCACUUGAGUGAGUUACCCAAGGUGAAGUCUCUGAGAAGCCUCGACAUAUCGGGCUGCCCUCAGACGUCGGACGAGGGCCUCGUCCGGCUGCUCCCCCACACACCUCGUCUACAAGGAUUCUCCGCCCGGGAAUCUUUGGGCGUAACGAAGGUGACGUUAAGGUGUUUGGAGAAGCACUGUCCAGAACUGAGAAGGCUAGAGACAGGGGCGUGCACCGACCACCUGGAUACUCUGGGGGCCAAACUCGAUACUGUCUUCUAUUUCGAUCCUCCUGAUUUCUGUCAAGAUUGGUGGCUGUAGUGUUUCCACUAUGAUUAGAUGUCUCUCAAACUAAAUUCUAGUCCAAGCA